GAGUUCUGGCGGGGGAUGGACUGGGCCUUCAGAGGGCUCCAGGCUGUGGCCCCGCUCGCGCCGUAUCUCCUCCCUCCGCGGUGCCCCGAUUGCAGCUGCGUGGCAGACUGCUCGGUGCCGACGGAGAUCGUCGGGCUGCUGGGCAGGCAGCUCGACAGGUGCGGCCCGGAGCAGUUGACCUGCCCGGUCUGCCCAGGCUGCCCUGAGGUGCGCUGCCCGGCGCCUGGGCCAGCGCUGGGGGCCUUCGCCGCUGGAGCGGCUAUCGGCGCCCUGACCACCGCGCUCGUGGGGGCGGUCUGGAGGUUGCGCCGGCCGACGGCGCUGCAGGCGGGGCGGCCCGCGCUCGAGGACGACGAGCUGCUCUUGGCGCUGGACGCCGGCGGCCCAGCGGCCGCUCCGGCCAGCGAGGCGCAGGUCGCGAUCGACUUCUUCGACGACCCGAACGGGUUCCUCUUCCACGUUCGGGUGCUCCUCGUGCCGGCGGGGGCGGGCAAGUGGAUCUGGGUCACCCCGGACCACAGCGUGCAGUUCGGGGACCUCACCACGCAUCGCGUGGUGCCGCUGCCUCGGAACUCGCCGUUCCCUCGCCGGCUGGCGGGCCAGCUGUAUGCGUUCGACCCGUUCGAGGAGGGCGAGCUCGAGGCCAUUCGAGAGCAGGCGGCGGCGCUGGCGGCUGUGCUCGGCAUCGACGUGCCGCGCGGAGCAGCGGCGGCCCCUCCCCGCUGGGUGGUGGCCGACCCCGCUCACCCGCAGUUCGGGCAGGUCAUCGACGCGGCGAUCAGCGGGGCCGAGGACAGGUUCGUGCGCCGUGGAGCUGUGGCAUUGGCGAUGCUGGACGGGAACGACGACGACGGGAUCUUCACAGCUUGCGAGAACGUGCCGGAGGAGCGGCACCAGCUAUGGCUGGACGAGAAACACUCGGGGCCCGGUCGGGAUCCUCGGGUGUGUCCCCUCCGGCGGAUAGGACCAGGUGGGCCUCGACGUGCAACCUUGGAUCAGGCCAUCGAGGCGCACCGCCCGCAGGACGUCGGCGACUGGGUGUUCCGAGGGCCGAAGUCGCUGCCCGAGUUCCUGGACAGUGUACGCGCUUCGGGGCUGGGCAUCGCGGGCUACGCGAACCACUACAUCACCAGCAGUGGAGUGCCACCCGGCAGCGCCGCUGCGCACGAGAUCCGCCUUCUGCUCGAGGCCCUGCGGCACCUCAUCGAGUACGACCAGGUCGACGUCACGAAUCUUGCAGGGGCCGAGCUCAUCGCAAGGAGGAUCGUGCAGAUGCAGCGAGCCAUUCGGCGCGACCCGAAGCAUCCCAACUACUCGGGCUUAGAGGACAUGCUGGCCUCGGCGCUCGACGAGACAGGAGGAGUGGUCACCAGCAAGUUCGACGAAUGGGUCGCGCAGGAGCAGAAGACAAAGGCAGGGCUCCAGGUGGCCAAGGACCAGCUCUACGGCCGCCGCAUUUUUGCUCACAAUUUUGUCUCGAAGGGCACGGCGACCGAGGACAUCUUCUCGAGCCUGAACGCGCUGGCCGCCGCUCGAGCCUUUCAGGAGCUUCUCAAGUCCAGCAACAUCUACUCCGAGGAGGGUCGGCUCACGGUUCGGCCCUUCGUUCAGGACAAGGUCUCCCUCUUGCAGGGCUCGGUGGAGCCUCGGGAGGCGCUCGACCUCGUCCCAGAUCACGUUCGACAAGUUUUGAUGGAACCCGAGAAGUUCCUGGAGCGGCACUCGGACGAGCUCGCAGACGAGCCCCACAUCGAGCCGUACUGGGAUCCUCUCUUGAACCCGAGGGUCCGCGCCAACCACCCGCGCCUGCUCGCGCUGCUGAAGCGCCUUGCCGACAUGGGGAUCGUGGUGGCCACUCGUCGGAAGAAGGCCACGGUGGGGCUGUUCUUUGUCGAGAAGAAAGGGGAUCGCCUCCGCAUGAUCGUGGACGGCCGACAGCCCAACCAGUACCACCGGCUACCCCCACAGACCAGCAUGGCUUCAGUGGAGGCGCUCGCGUCGGUGCAGGUUGGGGCCGACUGGCGACGGCGCUGCUCGAUGAAGCCGGACGAGGCCGCCUUGUACGCGGCCACGGUCGACCUGAAGGACGGCUUCCACCAGUUCAAGAUUCCGCACCUGUCCGAGUGGUUCGUGUUCGACAUGCCCGGGGUCCAGGCGAAGGACCUAGGCGUACACCAGGUCUACGACGGCGACGCGAAGGCUUUCGUGGACGUCGCCCCGGACGACUACGUGUGGCCGGCCUACGGCGGACUGGCGAUGGGCUGGUCCUGGGCGCUGUGGAUCUGCCACGAGACGUUGGCGCAGGUGAUGCGAUCCUCGGCGGGUCCUCGCGACGCUAUGGUGCUGGACAAGGCGCCAGCGGCCCAGCUAGAGCCGGGGAUGGUCGGCGACUUACCUUACGUCGACAACGCCAACAUCAUUGGUAUCGAGCAGGACCUCGUGCAGGACCGACUCGAGCGCAUGACGGCGGCUCUCGACCAGCUAGGCUUGAAGUGGCACGAGAGGCAGGGCGCAGGCAUCGAGGUCGAGAUCCUGGGCGUUAUCGUCGAUGGCGUGCAGGGCCUGGUUCGUCCCAAGCCGAAGCGCCUCUGGCGGCUGCACGGGGGCUUGACCUUUCUUCUGAGAUGGCGCAAGGCCGCGGGGUGGCAGAUCCGUGCUGUUCUGGGCCACCUGGUGUCCUUCUUCCAGCUGAUGAGGCCAGGGCUCUCGAUCUUCCGCGUCUUGUACGACUUUGUCCAGCAGGACCUCGGCGAGAUCCGCGAGUUGCCGACGGCCGCGCUGCACGAGCUGAAGGUCGCCAGGUCGCUGCUCUUCAUGGCGGUAGGACGCUGGGGGCUGCCACCCUGCCCCGUCGCCUUCAUGACGGACGCUUCCAUGAAAGGCUACGCGCUCUUGGAGACCGAUGCGAGGCCCGGGGAGGUUCGCAAUCUCUGCCGCUUUCGGGAGCGAGCUCGCUUCAGCCGUCGAGAGAAGUUCGUGGAGCGCGAGCACGACGGCUUCAAGGGCUCCAUGGCGAUUGGCGACGCUGGCGAGGGCUGGUGGGACGGGCUGCUCGAGCGGAGCCGUGCUCGCGGGCCCGUGCCGGAGCGCUGCCGAGUCGAGGUCGACUCUGGCUGGCGACCGCCGCCGCUACCCGACGACUUCGUCGACCCCGGGCGCUGGGAGCUGGUUGUUGCUGGGGCCUGGCGCGACGCGAGCCGCGUCCACGACUGCGAGGCGCGCUGCGGGCUGAUGGGCCUGGCUCGAGCUGCCAGUCAUCCGCCGUACCACGACACGGAGCUCCUCUCCGCAGGGGACAACAUGGGCUCGGUCUUGGCCUUCGAGAAGGGCCGCGCGGCGAACAGGGAGCUCCUCUCACAAUGCCGACGGGCGGCCGCGCUGCAGCUGGCCUCCGGCAUCGUGUGGCGACAACGGCAUGUCGAGGGAGUGCGGAACGCAGCGGACUACAUGAGUCGGGCGGCGGACCGCGGGCUGUUGCAGCCCGGCCAGGUGUGGCGAGGGCCGCGCGGUCAGGUUGGACAGAGGCCUCGACGGGGCCGGCGCUUCUUCCUGGAGAUCUUCUCGGGCGAGGGGUACCUGACGGGGGCCAUCCUGGAGGCUGGGCUGCGUGCAGGGGUUCCCAUGGACCUCGUGAAGGGCCCGCAGUUCGACAUCACGGACCCGAAGGUCCAGAGGGUUGUCAUCGGGUGGAUCCGCUCCGGCGCUAUUUGGCUCAUGCAUCUUGCGACCCCGUGCACGCGGUGGUCGAUUGCACGCUCUUCGGGCACCGCAGAACCCGCGGGAGGGCUGGCCGCGGCGCGCUUCACAGUUCGCCUGAUCCAGGAGUGCCGGCGAUCUGGGGUCCACUUCACUCUCGAGAAUCCUCAGCGGUCGCGCCUCUGGACGUGGAGACCUCUGGCGAGGGCGCUUCGGGCGUCAGCUUCCACGUUUGUCGACUUGUGCCAGUGCCGCUUUGGGACGCCCUUUCAGAAGCCUACGAGGCUUGCGGCCUCCCACCCGCUGUUCGCCUCCCUGGCCCGCGAGUGCAGGUGCCGACGGCGCUGCGAAGUUCUGCAGGGCAAGGUUUUGGUGAGGGGACGCUGGGAGUGGAAGACCAGUCUAGCUGCUGCCUAUCCGCCCAGCCUGUGCCGCGCCUAUGCCAGCGCCGCCCAGCUCCUGGCGCCCCCGGCGGCCGCAAGGCCAGACGGAGAGGCCUACCUCGAGCGCCGCUGGGAGCGACAGCUGGCGUCCGCGUGUGGCUGCUCCAGCGUCGCAGUCGACGCCCCGCGAUGCCCGCUCAGGUACCGGCUGCCGUGGCACGGCUGCCAGAGGCGCUGGGCAACCGCGGCGCGCUACUCUGACUGCGUGGAGGGGCUCCACGACUUCGUCGCCUGUAACGGCGGGAGCCUCUCGGACCCGCGGGCGGCCGACGCCACUCUGGAGCGCUACUUCGAGUCGCUCUUCCUCGGCGGCGAGGCCAAGGCCAACGCCCGAUGGUGCCUCUACGGGCUGGCCUGGCAGCAGGGCUGGGCGACCAAGGGUGACGCCUUCCCCAAGGCCAAGCAGGCUCUCAAAGGCUGGGACCGACUCGAACCACCUGGAAGCCGCGAGCCCGCGGUCUGGGAGGCAGUGCUGGCCGUCGCGGACGAUCUCAUCGGGCGCGACUUCCAGUCCACGCUUGCAGGAGCGCUGCUGCCCGUUGCUUUCGACGGCUACCUGCGACCGUCUGAGGCGCUGGGCCUGCGUGGUGCCGAUGUCUUGCGGCCGCCGCGCUCUGGACCCCAGAAGCUGUGGGCGGUGACAGUGGCCCCAGCGACACAGCCGAUUCCCUCGAAGACUAACACGUUCGAUGACACGGUCUUCUUGGGCAGUGCUGCCAAGGGCCAGGGCUUCGUGGGCAGCAUUCUUGAUAUCUUGCUGGCGCGUGCGGGCCCGGGACCGCUCUUUGCGGGCUUGACGCUAGCACAGCUGGAGGCCGCCGUGAACGCCGCCUGCCGCCGCCUGCAGCUGCCUGUGGCUUUCACGCCGCACUGCCUUCGUCAUGGCGGCGCCAGCCGAGACGCACUAGAGAAGUUCGAGGACCUGCGCUCAAUCCAGCGCCGAGGCCGCUGGAAGGCGCGGGAGAGCGUGCGUCGAUACGAGAAG